UGCUUGCGCGCACCUAUGCGCACACGGCGCACACUUCCAGCGCAUUGUAAUACGACAUGUCUUCCGAUAGUAGAAGCUAUUUUCGGCCGAAAACUAUGCACUAUCACUCUGGAAGCAGAGUAGCUUCAUCAUACGAACAUGAUGACGUUUUCGUACUGUCACGGAUAUGAAUACUGAGAGAAUUUAUUGAUAUUGACGAAUGGCAGUUGCAAUAUUUGACGCUGACCAUUUGGCCAUAUCUGCCAUCGUUACCGUUGGACUGCAGUUUAUUUUCUUUGUCAUCGCAGCAACAUUUCAUUUCGACAAAUUAACAGAUUUCGCUGGGGGUGCCAACUUUAUUAUACUGGCCUUAACUGUAUUUGUUUUAUCCCAGACUUAUAGCCCAAGGCAGUGCCUCAUCACUGGCCUCGUCUGUUUGUGGGGUGUGCGUCUAUCAACAUUCCUCCUUUUCCGGAUUAUCAAAAUUGGCAGAGAUGAGAGGUUUCAAGAAGCUAGCAAGAAUAUUGUCCGUUUCGCCAUCUUCUGGACGUUUCAGGCGGUGUGGGUGUACACUGUCAGCCUGCCUGUCAUCUUUGUGAACUCCCCGCGCAAGGCUGAGCCCCUGACGGAUGCCACCAUGACCCGGCUCGACAUGGCCGGUACCAUUGUGUUUGUCAUUGGCUUCCUCUGUGAGGCCAUGGCAGAUGCCCAGAAGUACAGCUACCGGCAAAACACGUCCAAUGCCAGGCAUUGGUGCGACGUUGGGUUGUGGAAGUACUCGCGGCACCCCAACUACUUUGGGGAAAUCACACUAUGGUGGGGAAUAUUCCUCAUCUCCACCAAUGUGCUCAGGGGGGCCGAAUGGGUGGCCGUACUCAGCCCCCUUUUCAUCACAGCCAUCAUCCUUUUUCUCAGCGGAGUACCCCUGCUGGAGAACAGCGCCGACAUACGCUAUGGCUGCAUGGAGGAGUACCAGCGGUACAAGCGAACCACCAGUCCCUUGGUGCCAUUGCCUCCAGGACUCUACAGAGAAGUUCCAUCUUGCUUCAAGUGUUUGAUUUGCUUUGAGUUCCCAAUUUACACAAAUUCAAAGGCCAUUGCGACAUCCAUAUAACAUAUGUCGCUGCACAACUGCAUCGUCUCUACAGAAAGAAAAAAAAAAAGCUACGGUAGUAUGUUUGCCUUGGAAUAGAAAGCAGCAAAUAUGUGAGGUUCACUACAAUAGUCUCUACUAAAAGAUAACUAAGUGGUGGUUUUUGGCUAAUUAGUUAUGCACAUUGAUGUUAUUGAAAGAUACAGCACGGACAAAAGCACAGACUAGAGGAGACAGUGCUGUAUAUUUAAACCCACCAGUCAGUGUCUUUGUUCAUGUUGUUUCUCUGCUUAAUAUUGCCACUGAAGCAGCUCAUGCCUAGCAGCUCACAGCAGAAAGGUGAAAAUAUAUGUGUAAACUUUUGAGUAUGUUUUAAUAUUUCAGCACCUACAUAAAAGUUGGUUUCAAGUUUUUUUUUAACGUUCUGCUAUACAUAUGUAUACACUGAAAUUCAUGUUUCAAUGCCAAGCAAAAUGUAUGCAUUUAGAAGUAGUGAUAAUGUAAGUCUUGAAAUGAGACAUAUCUCUAGCAUGCAUGUUCUGUUUGUGACAUGUCUUAUGUGCCACAAAGGGUGCACUUUAUUCUGUCUUGUGAGCAGACUAGUCAACAUGUAUGUUCGGCUUUCUAAAACAGUAAGGUGCAUAGUUGGAUGCUUAGGUUGCUCAAGAUGGAUUUGCUGACAGCGUGAGCAUGGUUAUGGUUGUCAGCUGAAGUAUACUGUCAACUUAUGUUAAUUCGGCCUUGGCAUGACAGGCAAAAUUGGUUUGAAUUAUUCAAGUUUGAAUAAUACUCAAAAUUCAAAUUGAUGUGCUCAAAAGUUGCAUCAAAUUGAACAUUCAUUUUCUGGGGUGUCUUGUGUGUUAGAGUCUUUCCAUGCACCAGGUAAGUGUUGGAUAAAUAGUCUUGCAAUGUGCUGCAGAGCCUGGCAUUUGCACUUCAGGCAAGUUUCAGUUGCAGCUUCUGGGCCUCUUUGCUAUCGCCCCUGCUAGUUUGUGGAAGCCUCACCUGUGUUGCGGCAUGGCAGAAAUUCGCACUGUCUUCAAUGGUUGCUGGCUUGCACACUUAUGCUCUGCUAUCAUUGUUAAUGCGUGCUUCCAUGUUGAUGUUGCCCAGAAAUGGCUCAAUUUCUGCUGCAGAGAACUGAAUCAUGCCUUAAUUCUUUGUCAGCAUUGUCGUGCACAAAAGUGAGGCUGCACUUCCUGUUAUAUCUUCUGUUUCACAGUUUGACAGCUUGAGAGUAUUGCCACACUUGCUAGAGCUAGUCAAGUUUUUUUUUGGCAUGAUAGUGAGAGAACUCAUGUAAAUGGCAACAAUUCACUCCAGUAUGAAUUAUUCACUUUCCAACAUUCUAGUUUGAAAUAAGAAACUUAAUUUUUUUUUUCUUUGAAGCACUGGGCACUUUUGCAAACUUUUAAACAUAAUCAAAUCAAUGAAAAAUGAAAAACUGCCAAAUGAAUGGCAGUUAGCUGUUGUGUGCAUCAUGACCAUUAGACAAAACCGACAAGUCACUUCACUUAGCUGUCCAGUUCCUAGAACAUUUGACAGUAACAUUAAUCAGCUGACACCUUCAAGAGGCACUCUUUUAAAAUUCUGGUGCAAAACAGAAUGAACAACAAUUUUUGUUAACGUGGAUAUUUCUUUGUUUAUACAAAUAGGACUGAAUACCAGGACAUCUGGUAAGCUCAGUGAAACACUUGAAGUAGUUAUGCAGUUUACAGAAUGCUGUAGGCUUAACUUGGAUAGUUACAAACUUGCUCUAAAUUCAAACCCUAUGUAACUUUGGCUGGCCCGCCACAUUUUAUAUAUAUAUAUUGAAUUCAACUAAUUCAAACAACACUACAGAUUAAUUCAAAAAGUUUUGCCUUUCGUAGUCUUUUUGCCUGGAGAAACUCCUGGCUUUCUUGCUCAAUGAUCUUCUGGGAGAAAACCCCUUCCAUAGCCUUGAGCUGCCAAACAUAAAUAUAUUUGGAAAAUGCUGGUAAAAUGGAAUAUGGGUGAUUCAGACGUGUAUAAAAUGAACUUCGUUCUUAAGCAUAAUACCAGCUGCUAGUUGUUAAUUAGCUUGUGCUACUAACAUUCACCAGUCUUAUGUGUAUGGCUGCUGUUGAACACUUCAGAACAGUGCUUUGUGCGUGUAGCCAUUCAUUAAAUGAUGGCAUAAUAAGUUUUUCUGGUAAUACAACUUUCUGAUAAUCAGAGAAAAACCUGUAGCCUCAGGAAGUUCAAAACAUCCAGCACUGUUAUACUGGAUUGCAAUGGGAUAAGUAAACUUGCACCAUGGUGUAAAAAGGACAGGUGUUCCGAUGGUGACACUUGGCACGCCCCAUUAAUGCUGGGUGUUGGAGGAUGGCACACAUCGGCUAGGAGGCUUGGAGGCAGGCAAACACUGGGCAUACAUUUCAGCCUGCAUUUUUCAGAGCACUUUCUAGUGUCUUUAAUGCGACACUCUUGUUAUUUCAUUAGAUGAAAGUUUAAGGAAUGAUCUUUAAUUGCUGCUGGUAGGCCCCUGUGCUGUUAUGUUUUGUUUCGUCGGCUACUUUAGAAGUCACAAGAGCUUUUGUUUAUUGAAUGAUGGAAGCUUUCAUGGGUGAGUUCGUCAUAGAGUGUCACACUAAGAGUAUAAUACUUUGCGAUUCUUGUGAUUCACUGCCUUCAUCAUGUUGCCAGUGCCUCUGGCAGCGGCUCGGAAAUUUUCGACCAGAUCAGAACUGGACACUCGUUGAGCAGCGUCGGAAGUCUUUGCUACCUUCUCGCCUCGCAAUGUUUCUAUAUAAAUAAGUUUCUGUUUGUAGAUGUGUGCUUAUUUGUGCUUACGCAACUUCUUCACGUGCAACACAUGCACGCUACAUCUACAAUAUUGAUGACCCCGACAUCCGGAAUGUACGAGACGGUUUGGCCCAGGAGUUUCUUCUGGGGCUUCAACUACAGCAACAGGCCACGCGAAUGGCAGAUGCCCCGAGGACUGGCGCGGCUGUUCCUGCCGAUCGACGACGAAGGGGAGCAGCGGGACGACGAGGCGUCCAUGCUGUUCUCGGGCGUACACCUGAACUGUGAUAUCGCGGUUUCGGUUUAAAACCAAUGUAAUCCGCUCCCAGGGGGCGCUGUUGUAGCUCAUCGCGGCUAUUUAAGCAGUUGCCUCUUUCCAUGAAGAGUUCCUUGCCUCGGUACCCACCUGUGUCUGCGUCAGUCUGUUCGGCCACCGUCCCGACGUGCCCCUGCGUUCCUGCGUGCCCGGCGCUGGCGUUCAUGGCAGCCGCACCGAUACAACAUUGGCGACGAGGGUAAUCUCAAUGUAUCGCAGCCAAAUGUAGGUCCACGACUUCGAUAUUACUUCUGCGGCAAGCCCUUUCUUCUUGCCAUUGCCUGCCACUUCUAUUUUUCGGCUCCAUCUCCUCCUUCUAAAACCCUGCUCUUGACAAGCCUUUCUCCAGCGUCUUGCCUCCUGCCUUUCCAUCCUGCCCCUUCAUGAAUGCCGCCAUACCUCCACCUCCAUUCUUACAGUGCCCCGGCAUGCUGGCAAUUUCCUGGUGUACAUCGACGACGCCGCCAGGGACGCCGCGCUGGCGCAUAAGAAGGCGCUUCUUCUGAAUGCUUUAGGAGUGGAGGGCAUCAGAAUUUACUUCACUGCUGUCGAAGAUUAGACGUAGGCUGGCACUGACGUGGGAACCAGCGACGCCGAGGCAGCUGAUGUGUACGAAGAGGCACUGGCGGUACUAAGGUGUUUUGCACCAGAAGAUGAGGUCACUACAAGACUUCAAUUUAAGAGGAGGCACCAGAGUACAGAGGAAUUUACCAUAGAUUUUCUUAGACCUACAGAGGCUGGCGAACGCAUGCGGGUUUGGGGCAGCAACCAACAUCAUGCUAAAAGAUAAAGUUUUCGGAGGAUUGCUGUCCAACCAGUUGCACAGAAAAUUUAUACAAAUGGGCAACAAUUUUACAUUCAAGAAGGCCAUGGGCGUUGCAAAGGAGGAAGAGCACACGGACAGACUCAUGCAACAGCUCUGCGUUCUACACGUAGACGCUGUUACACAGCGACAAGAACCACAACGGCGCGAUGAGCGUCGCCUGCGACGCGACCAGCAAGAUGGCGGCCUUCCUCCCGAGCCUGGCCAAGGGCAAGAUUGCGGCCCAAGCCACCGAGCAACAUGACGACGGCGCUGCUGCCGUCAGGCCUUCCACCUCGAACUGGAGCACGAGCUUUUCCUGCUACCGGAGCCCCAGUCGCCGGGCCACAAGCGCAAACUGCCCACUGUCCCCUUCUGCGAGUUUGCACCGGUGGAUGACCUGGGGUGGGUUAUUCUGUAAGAGUUCACCUCGUGGACUGUCCACUUCGGCUGUCACCAUUGGCUCGAGCUUACGAGCGCGAAGGACACUGGCUGGCACCUUCGCGCUUGUGGAGCUCAAGCCAAUGGCAACAGCCGAAAUGGACAGUCCACUAGGUGGACUCUUACAGAAUACCCCACCUGGUCUCCGUAGGCAGCCCUCCUUCCUCGCUGCCCCACAUUGCGCCAGCAAACUUGUGGAAGUCCGAGAGCAUGAAUCCGGAUGGCUGGCCGGCGCCGGGGCGAGCGGAGGAGCAGGUCUGGCAGCAGAAGAGGGGCCGUAUCCUGAAACAUUCCACUUCGGCAAGAGUUCGCCUUAGGUGCGUGCUGAUUGGCUGGUUGAGCAAAACCAGAAAAUAAAUCGCGUCAUCUAGUAGCUCCGGUGCACGUCAUUUUGACGUCAUGGUGUCAUUGGGUGCUCCCGACAUAUAUUGAAUAAAUGAACAUGCCUGUGUCGUACUGCGGCCAAUACAUUUGAAAACAACACACUCUAACCACUCUGCACUCGCACGGUGUGCGCUCCCGUGUGUUGCAAAGCGUUCGAGUGAGCAUGUUGGUAGUGCAUGCUGACGUCACGGGUAAGCAGCCAGUUGAUUUACUGAACGUGACUAUCGCCGAAUUGGAACCACGUGGAAGGUUUCAGAAUAUGGCCCCUGCAGGUGUCAGCGCCUGUACCGCGCAGUCUGUCGUAUGGGACGUCGUGUACUGCAAACCACUGUAAACACAGCCUUGCUCAAGCACAACAACCACGUCCAUGACUGCGACGAUGGUGUCGCAGCCGACAGUGGCGGCGCUCUUGGAGGCCGUCGUGGAUAGCUUCCAGAAACCGUGGCAGUCGCUGUUGGGCGAGCAGUUUGUGCAACUUCAGCAAGAAGAGCAGCAACAACAAGGUGAUACAACAGCCAUUGCAAGAGCAGCAACUGCAGAUGCUACAGGCACGACUGCAAGAGUCCCAGGAGCAGCAGCAGCAGCAUCAUAAGGAGCUGCAGCAGGAGCUGCAACAUGCUUUCAGAGAUUAUCUGCCUAGGCCAACUAUCGCUGAAGUGGAACGUUUCAGAAUAUGGCCCCAGGUGUCGACGCCUGUGCCACACCAUCAAACAUAUGGGACGUCGUGUACUGCAAACCGCCAUCUAACAUAUGGGACGUCGUGUACUACAAACCGCCGUCGGCACUGUCGGGCGAGCAGUUCAUGCAACUUCAGCAAGAACAGCAGCAGCGGCAGCAUCAGCAACAAGACGAUGCAACAGCCAUUGCAAGAGCAGCAGCUGCAGAUGCUGCAGGCACGACUGCAAGAGUCUUAGGAGCAGCAGCAGCAGCAUCAUCUGCAACAGGCUUUCAGAGAUUAUCUGCCUAGGCAAACUAUCGCCGAAGUAGAACGUUUCAGAAUAUGGCCCCAGGUGUCGGCGCCUGUGCCACGCCGUAUGACGUAUGGGACGUCGUGUACUACAAACCGCCGUCGGCACUGUCGGGCAAGCAGUUUGUGCAACUUCAGCAAGAAGAACAGCAGCAGUGGCAGCGGCAGCAACAAGAUGAUGCAGCAGCCAUUGCAAGAGCAGCAACUGCAGAUGCUGCAGGCACGACUGCAAGAGUCGCAGGAGCAGCAGCAGCAGUAUCAUAAGGAGCUGCAACAGGCUUUCAGAGAUUAUCUGCCUAGGCGAACUAUCGCUGAAGUGGAACUUUUCAGAAUAUGGCCCCAGGUGUCGGCGCCUGUGCCGCACCGUCUAACGUAUGGAACGUCGUGUACUGCAAACCGCCAUCGGCACUGUCGGGCGAGCAGUUUGUGCAACUUCAGCAAGAACAGCGGCAGCAGCAACAGCAGCAGAACAGGCCCCCCCCCUGGCUACGGGCCUGUUCAACAUAUAAGCUGAGUCGAAGUGCUUCUUGCACCUGUAAUCUCAAUGUUGCAGGACAUAGUCUUUACACUGUGUGGCAGUUUGCCACACUACACUUGCAAGCAAUUGGGUCCUCUUUAGAAACAGUAAAUAUUGAAAAUUCGUCUUUGCAUCAGUCAUGCCUCCUGUUGCACAUAUGCACGAAGAACUUUUUGUUCAUAGUCUCUCUCCGCUAGGCAGUGUCACCACUCAAGAAUAUUCACUUGCACUUCAGAAUCUUCAUGGUUUCCCAUUUGUUGUAGAUCAAAUAGGGACGUUAGUGAAUGCCCACCAAGAAUGAGAAUGACUGAGUUUUCAGUAGCAAAGCAAAAGGCAGGUUGUCAUUUUGGCAACCCCUUUCAAGCAUUGUCACAUUCCAUCUGCUCAAACAAGCAACACAACCACACAGCUGGAGGCAUUAUCAUCUGUUAUGGCACCUGAGUGACUUGAAUGAUUACCUUGCAGGAGUAGAAAGAUAAAUAAAUUACCGCUUUUAUUUCUUUCAACACAUUUCAUCUCCAGCUGUGGUUAUUUACAUGUUCAAAUUUCCCACUAUUCAGCCUCUUUAUGCAUGCAGCUAUGCAGUAGUGUCGAUGCAAAACACCAUUGCUUGUGAGAGAGAUCUCUCUGCAGGGCCACGGUGUUGUUAAGCCACCUGUCCUUCUUACACUGUGAUCAGCACUUGCAUAGUAAUAUGCAACACAGAAACUUGGCAAUUUCAUAGCUUAAGUAGCCAUAGAGGCCUGAAUGGCUUAAGUUUUACAGAAUUAUUCACUGUUUUACAGAUUGCAAGCAUAAUUUAAAUGAGAUAUUUCUUGCUGUUAGGCCUCAAAAAUUCGUUUAGCAUUCUGCAUGAAUUACAGUGCGCAUUUAAAUGCUCUUCCAGAAAUUACGAACUGUCAGUGACAGCAGCCCAACUGGAAUUCAUAAACAAUAUAGUAUUCAGAAAUUUACAAUUGUUGCACUGGUGACUGAAAUAAAUGCACAAACAAGUUUGUCAAAUGAAAUUAAACUAGUUUGGAAAGCCAGAAAGGGCUUUGUUAGGAAAUGUGUACAGCAUAAAAAUGUCAGUGUGAAGGAAACAAAUUCAUGCCCAUACAAACUGUAGUGAGCAAGGUGGAUUGAAAAAGCUCUUUUAAAGAUUGUCAGCAGUAUAUCUGUUCAUCCUUUCCUGCAUUUCACUACUCCAUAAUCAUUUGUUGUUACAUUUGCGCCAGAAUGCACACAGAUACUUUGUUGAAUAUGAAAACCGGCAUUGGAAGGUUUUACCUAAAGGGGCAACAGAGCAUACUCACAGGUAGAACAUAGAUAAUAACCUUUAAAAAAUAUGCAGUGUGGUUUUGCAUGUCUGCCUGAGUAUUGCAGGCAUUGCGUGUGCUACAUCAGGGCUGAUCAAGCACAUUUGCGAUAACGAGUGUAAAGGGAAUAUUAGAAGGAAUGCAAUAGAACAGCUUCUUCAAAAAAAAUUAGUGCAGGGUAAGAAGGAAUGUCUGACUAAUGGGCGAGAGUGUGCACAUUCUGGAAGUUGCCAACACCGAUGGCGAUGAGCCUUUCUCUUUAUUUUGCCAUAUGUGAGAUUUGGGGUAACUAGCUCUAUAACGUCACCUCUACAGCAACUGUAUUUAGGAUGCCAGACAUAUGAGCAAUUAGUUCAUUUGAUUUCAUUAUUUCAUGAUAUUUCAGGAUGUAAAAUAUAGAUGCCAAGAACAUUUGCCACUUAACACUCUUAUAUCCAUUAAUGGCAUGCCAGUUACGUUUGAGGCUUCUUUAUGAUACUGUUUCACUUCCCAUGACUUGCCAUCUGUUUGUUCAAACAGUGUAUAGCAGCUCAUUAGUGUACAGCACAGUUUUAGUAUUACUGUGUAAAGAUGAAGUACAGUAGUAGUAGUUAAAGUUCAUUAAUGAAAAUGACAAGCAAAGUAGGGUAAUUAGACAUUAACAAAUAUUUAAAGUUAGUAAUUGUCCAGUAACCACUGGUAGGCAAUAGAACUGCACUGUUGUAACUGUGCCCAUAGUGGAACUCUCAUUAUAGUUAAAGAAGGCACUGAUUUUUUAAUUAUCAUUCCCCCACAGGAACAAUAUUGUGACAGCACCCUCAUAUGUGCUCACGAGAGCUGGAAAAAGAUGAUGCAGCAUGAAAGAUAACUGUGCACACUAUCUUUCCACAAUGUUCCAACAGCUUUCGACGCUUGUUCUUUGCCAACACCAAAGCAGUGCGCUGUCUAGGGUGGGGGUGAGGCUGAUAAAACGGCGCUUCCCGGUGAGCCUGUUUGAUGGUGCUGCUUUCUAGUGCAGGUGGGUGCAUAGUCACAUGUCAUUUUUCAUGUUUCGCUGGCUUUCUUUUUCAGCCAGAAAAAAAUAAGCAUGCAAGUAGUAUCUUGCUGAAAACAUCCCAGCGUGAUGUUUCAUAUAAUCUUCUACAACUUCAAAUUGGCACCUUUAUAAUUAAAACGGUAAUUAACAAGUUAGGUAAUUGAUUAUGAUGAAGUGAUUGAAUGUCAUGAGCGAACAUUGCUGAUAAAUGCUGAACUUGACCAUUAACAUUGGGUGCUUGAUCUUGUUUGCAUAAAAUGGUCCAUCCUUUAAUGUUUUGUAAAGUUUUGUGCAUGACAGUUGGGACAACCUGUAAUAUAGUAAUAAUGAUAAUAAUAAUAAUGUGAUUAAAAAUUUAACCUAGCAAUGCAGUACUUUUAGCACAUCACAGUGUGCCACUUGCUACUAUGAUUCGAACUGAUAGGAUUCCAUCAUUGCCUACUUUAGACAGUUAUCGAAUGGUUUGGUCUCCCAUUGUAGCUGCUCUGUACUUAGUUGUGAGCAGGUGUCAGGAGAUGGUGCUUGAAGCUGACAAUAUCUGAGGCAGCUUUUACAUUGCAGGCAGGCAAUGUGGGAAGAAACACUCAUGCAUUUUGGUUCAUUUUGGUUCAUUAUGUUUAAUUAACUGACGUUGCUCUGUUAGUUCUUUGUGGGACGUUAUAGUGUGCAUACUUUGAAGAGUUUUAUGGUGUAUUCGGCUUAUGUGUGCAACAAUAAUCUCUAAUAAGAAAUUCAGUUAGCAGUGCAUUGUGAGUGCCAUACAGUCACAAUGGUGGCCUUCAAAGCUUUGUUUUUCUUUUUUUCCUGAUUUUGACAUUUUGUAUCAUCACUGCAUUAUAAUUUUCUCAUUUCUGCAGAGAUACAGAUCUGCUGACAUUUGGCAAAAGUAAGCACUGCACUGUCACAAGCCUGUUCAUAACUGAGGUGUAGCUUUGGGAUAAAAAGCCUUCUUUCAUUUUGGUAGCUCGUAAGAAGUGCUAGAAGAUACUGCUGUUGCGACAAAAUUCCUGAUCUAGGAAAAUAAAUGUGUGAUACCAGCCAGCUUACUAUAGCAGAGUUCUGCUGCACUAUUAGAUUCGCAUACAGGAAAGCUUAGGUUAUCUAUCAAGAAGAGUUCACCUCAAUUGUCAAUACUUGUAUUGAAAAAAAAAAAAAAAUCAUAGGUCGCAGUUUUUAAAAGCUGUCCUUGUAUUUGUGGAAGUGGUUUGUGGCUAUAUGCAAAUUCUUGUGCCAGCUCUCCAUUCAGUGUCUUGUAACUUGGAAAUAUAGAAAGCACUUUCAGUGCCUGUCUGUAGUAGCAUUAAGCUGCUGCCAGGUCAGUAACCUUGAAAGGUGAUGCUAGAUUGUCAUCCUCUUUUAUGUAGCUGUAAGCAUCUAUUUUUCUUUUUCUUGUAGUAUUUAGGAAAUAUGCUUAGGCAUUGAGAUUUCAGGUCUGUUGCUCUCUGGAUGAAGUUCAUAGUGCCUACAACGGCCUAACCAUUGCAUGUAAAUGUUAAAAAUACAGUACUUUUAGUUCUUUACACAAGGAAAUUAUCAAGAAAAGUACGAGGUAGUGCCCUAUGUGAAGUUGCAAGAAAAGUGGCAAAGGCGGUUUUGUCAGUGCUAUACACAAUGGCAAUAUACUAUUUUCAAAGUAGCAGUGUUUGCACCCAGAAAUUCUUUGUAAGAAUAAUGCCUAUGUCACUGUGACAAAAAGAAAUAUGCUUUUUUUUUUUUUUUUUUGCAAGCGCAUGAAUGCAAAUAGAAGAUAGUAGAAAAGGUUUAUUUAAGGAUGGUAGUUAUGCAGAUUUGGCACUGAGAUCCCACAUUAUGCAUAAAUCCAAAAGGAAUUUUUUGGCAGCUGGAGAAUAAAAUCAGUUAUGUAUACAGUGCAGCUACAGAACCUGAUGAGGCCUUGAAUAAACUUAAAUUUCGUCAGUAAUGUUGUAUUGAAACUAGUUAUCACUAUAUGGUUGUUUUCCAAUGUGUGCUUGCACGAAAGUUGCAUGUAAUGCUGGUAAAAUACGGAGUAAUUUUUUGUAGGUGUACUUACAACCUGUCACAGCCAUUAAUUUUUUAACUUUUUUCAUCUCCAGGUUUUUUGCUUAUGCAUAUACACAAAGUUUCUUUCCUGUAGUUUAAAUUUGGAAACAUUGAAGCCCAAACUGCAUGAGAGCGAUUUUGUGCGCGACGGCGAUGAGCGACGGCUUCGAGCAACGAAACGGGCCGUCGCGCAAACAGAUCUCUCGCUCUUGUCGCUCGAUCGCUCGACUCUGGAAAUCUAGAAUUCGUCGCUCGUUGCCCGGAAGUGCUAUAAGCGACUAGCCAAUAGCGCGAAGCUGGAACAGGAUGUACAUCAGUCAAGUACUACCGAUUGUCGCACGGAACGAGCAAAUGACUAAAUUUCCAUACGUGCAAGGAUAAGAACCUAGUGCAAGACCUUAAGAAAUAUUUAUGCUGCUCUUUACAGUAAAACACAUCAACUUAAAUGAAUAAAGCACGCGUCACGCCAGUUUUGGUACACAUUUGCUGCCCUCAUACCAGCAACACCGGGGAGACGUCGCUCAAUGUCGUCGCUCGCAUGCAGUACGACUUGUAAGCAAUGACCGAAUGCGACAGCCAUCUCCAUCACGUCACUUGUCACCGUCACACGGUGACAAGUGACGUGACACGGUGCAUGCCGUGACACGGUGCAUGCGGUUUAUACUUGAGUGCUGCACAUAGACAACAAAUAUAAUUAAAAGGUAUCUUUUAUUCAGAUGCCAUUUACAUAUUGGGCAUAAUUUUCUCUGUAAGAACCUUGUGUGCUUUAUCUUUAAAAAAGGAAAUGUUACAGUGGAUGGAAGGGGUUACUUCCAUGCCACAUUAUUAUCCCGAAUUCUAACCAAAAAUGGCCAAAUUAUUUAAAAAAACCCAGUUGUCAACAGGUUUUAAUCCCCAGAAAAAUUAAGGUUGCUUAUGCUUGUGCUGUCUCACGGAUUGUGUGUUGCCAUCUACCAAAAGCACGACUAAUCACUGAGGUGCAAAGUGCCACUGGUGAGCUGAGCUCAUCCUUGGCUGUUUUUACCAGAAACAUGUGAAUGAACCCAGCUUGUCCGAGGCAUGGAAGGAGUUAAUAUCAUUUGUUACUCUACAUUUAUACUUGGAACUAUUUCUAUUUUGCUAGAAACAGUUUUCUAGAAGUGUGAUAGAAAGUUCAUGUUCACGUGUCCUUUUAAUUUUAGACAAGACUACCAUCAGCAGCUUUGCUCUAGUUUUGCAAAAAUCUUGGUCUUGGUGCUGCAACUGUUAGCUCAAACUGGAGCUGUAACAUGAUGCAAAGUCUUGCGUCAUAUCUUGGAGAAUUUCAGAACUUUGUAUAUGUUUGUUAGUAGAUGGCACAUACCCCCAUAGUCCCUGUCCCACAUACCUGGCAAGCACUGGAAUGCUGCCACUGCAGCUAAACACAGCUGCACAAAAUGAGCUGUUCUGUCAUUGUGUAAAAACACUGGCUCUGCAGUGAAGCUAAUUUUAUGACAUUGCAACUUGUCUGUGCUUAAGGUAUGAAUUGUUCAAUGUAGCUACUACCUACAUCUAGGCACAUAGGCAUUUGCACAUUUGAUCACACAGAUGAAAUGUAGAUUACAGCAUGCAGCUUAGCUCAAAUCCCCUCUCCCAUUUAGAAAGCAGUUCUGAAUAUGAAACUAGAGAUUGUUCCAAGUUUACACCACAACUGUGAAUGUACCAGCAUAGAAUCGUUUAAUUUUAAUGAUUUAUUCAUGCUGUUUAAUAUCUCGUGUGUAUAUAUAUAUACACGAGGUUUUCCUAUAGUUAUCACAGUAGAGCUCAAUUAUAGAGGUUAAAGAGUGCAAUAUAGUAACUGUUUAUGCCCAUGGUUCACAGCAUCUAGUGCCAAAGUCAGAAAUACCACCAGUUUUUUACACAUCUUAAAGAAUCGCCUUCAGUAGAUAACACAGUUCUGACUAGAUUACACAGCUGCAUUACUUGAAGGAGCAGAUAUUAGUUGUACCACAAUUCACUAGGGGCAUUCGAAUAGGAAUAUUUUCAAAUCAAAUUGAAUGCAAAUAUUUGAAAAAAAUCAAAGCUCUUCCAAGGGCACACACCUGUCACGGCAGUAUUUCUCAGGCUGGCACAUGUCCUCCAAGGGAAGUUUUUGAACACUGCAACAGUGCUCCCGUUUGCCCAAUGGAAUUCUUUCUUCUAUCUUUUUUUUUUUUUAUUCCCUACUACAGAGAGAUCACAUGCUCUCAAAGCGUACUUUUUUCUUUUCUUUUUUUUUCUUUCUUGUUCAACCACAGGAGAAAACUAUAUCAUCCUGAACAAAAAUCUGAAGCUGCUGUUCAUCCACUCUGUCUUGUUUUUAUAUUUAUGAAUUGUGCAAGUUGUUUGCUAGAAUGGUUGACUCCCUCUAAUUCCUGUAAGCACACUAGUCACAUUUGUUUUCAUCAUGCAGAUUACCUCAUGUAUAACUUUAACUCCAGCUGUGUAGUUGAAUUUUUUUUCUAUCUGUACUUCCCUGAAAAUAUGCAUUAUGCCUGUACCUGCAGAACACAGUUCGCAUGAGUUUCAUUGUAUGAGAUAUGAUUUUGUAUUUGUACACACACGAAUCACUGCAAUUUUUUAGAAGAAUGUUAUAACCUACUCAUUCAUGUAAAAAUUUUAAAUAUCCCACCUUCAUAUAUUUGUCAUAUAUCCUACAUUGCAAUCAUCUGGAAAGACAUGCUCAAGUCACUCCAAUCAUUGCCGUAGCCUUCCUAUUCCUGGAAACUAUAUACCAAUACGAUACUUUUUUUUUCUUUAUGUUUAGCUUCAGUGUAAUAGUCCAGCCACAAGCAUAUUAUGAGAGCACUGCAGAGAAGCUUAGAGUACCUAGUUUAAUAGAGGAAACUAUGAGAGUUUUACAAUGAAAAGCCUAAACAGUAACAUAACCCAGUGCCAAAAGAAGCCAAUGCCUUCCGUUUCGAGACUGCACUUGUUAUCCUGCUGAAACUUUACAAGUCCUGACUGUGCUUUCAUGUGACAUUAAUUAGCAGGGACUGAAUUUUUAUUUGGGUGCCUAUUUUUUUCAUUGUGCACGGAUGGGACUCCUGCGCCAAUUGCGCCAUUUUGAUACAAACACAGAUUCCUGUGCCAAACACAGAAAAUUGGCCGAAAUAGCGCCACGCUGCGGCUGAAUGGCUUCGGUAUGUGUGCUCCGGCAGUGGCCGCGAGCAGCGAGCGGAUUCGUUCUCUAAAAAGGAGUGCGGCCGUUCACAUUCCGCAGACCGCGCGACGGCGCUUCCCGCACAGUUACUCGUGAUUUUCGUGCUUUUAACACUGGACUUUUCGGCGCUUCCGGCAAGUGGCCGGCGCGCGCGGUCACUCUCGGCUGUUGUCACUGCUGUCAGAACGGCCAGGGCGGCUAUAUUUAGAGUGUACUAGAAUACGGUUGAGUGGGCCGAGCGGCGCGGCGUUCUCUAGCUGAGGCGCAAAAUAACGAAAAGCAGGCUCAGGGCACUGCGAGCGAACUAGAUAUUAGGGAGGCGCACGCUGCGGGUUCAGUGGGCGGCCGUCUCUGUCCCCAGUAGUAGUAGUUUUAUCGGCCAUAUAAACUUGUAAACAUUCGCUUACGAACUAAAUUAACGGGCAUGGUGUCACGCGCGCACAAGCAAACAUGAACGCAUCUCACUCGAUGACCGCGGAAACUGGCUGUCUAAACACUGCAGGAGUGAGGAAGCGAGGCAGCAACAGCGAGCGAAUUGACCUUCGUGCUGCCUCUCGUUUUAAUGCGAGCUAAGCGGCGAAAACACAGCGCGCACAAAGCUAUGAGCACUUGCACUAGAUCUGUCCCCAUCGCAGAUCGCUUCCAAGAUGGAGAACGCCCCCCUACCUCCCCUCCCCCCAUGGUACCUUGCGCGCGACGUAAGACGGCGCGCUUCCUCCCGGCUUUCCUCCCUUGCGCGCGUGAGAAUGAGCCGCCAUGGUCGGCUCACCCUCGCACGCUUUCACUCGCACAUACAGCAUACGGCGCGCGGCAACGAUGUUAUCGCCUCUGGACUUUAUACGUAACAUCACGGUGACGACGACGGCAUAAAUGCGCCUGGAGUGUCCAUAUAAUUGAUAUCGCAUAAAUACAGAUUGGAAUAGUUUUAUGUUAUACCAACCCAGGGUCGAUUGCGGCUCUCUGGGUCUGCGGUGACAUAUGGUGACCCAGAAAUAACGUUAGCGUGUCAAUUGGACCGCAUAAUUUGAGAAUAUUUUCCACUACCAUCAUGAGUGUUGGCGCGGGAAUAUAUAGUUCGAUUGUAGUUCCACCAAUGUUUUCGGAUUCACAGGAAAACAAACGCUGUUCCGCUGCUCGACCCACUCUUCCAUAUUCUAGUACGCUAUAGCUACAAAGCAUGCUUCUACUACACGCUUUGUGUUGGUUUAUUCUCUGUUUCAUCGUGGUUUCGAAGUGUGCUGCCAUAUUCUAUUAUUCUACCAAAAUUCAGAUUGGCCUGCUCCAAACUGUUACAAAAUGAAAUUUACUCUGCUCCAACUUGCUCCCAAAUGCAAUUUUACUUGCUCCAAAAAUUGCUCCAAAAUUGCUACGAAAUGGCUUUAAGCAGUCCCACCCCUGAUUGUGCCAGAACUUCAAAACAUAAUUAAUCUUGGCUAAGUGAAUUUUAGCACAUGGGAUUGAAGACAGAUCCAGAAGAGCCAACCCCAAGGAAGAAGAAAUGAAAUACAAAUGAUUUUUUAAAAGCUACAAUUUUUGGUCCACUGCAUAAAGCACAUUUUCUCAGUUAUAAAACUGCCAUAUAUUUCCAACAACAUUUUUAAAUGCCAUAUUUUUACACAUAAUUGGCCACGCCAGAAAUGCAAAGCUUUUAGUGUUAAUUGCUGGAUGUGUGCGAAUUCUCAACUUAGUGUGGCUUCAUGGCAACGUAUGCCACUGCCAAUGGGCCCAUAGCAGAUGUCUCAGCAGCAACUGUCUCUAAUUAAUAAAAAUAGGAAAUUUGAGACUGAGUGGUAAUUAUCACUGGUCAAUAUUCGUAGUAGUGGCUGGUAUCAAAAAUUAUGCAAUAACUGCCUGUAAGCUCACGAAUUAACUAAAGCUUGCUCUUUACUUUUAGUAACUUUACCAUUUAUGUUGCAAUUACAGAAUUGCAGCCAUCCAGUGCACAAGACGUUGUAGAAGUCCUGACACUAGCACUGGUUUUAAGAUGUUGGUCUUCAAAACCAACAAUGAAACGCAUAGGUUUCUAACAUAGCUAAGCGUCGCAGUGCUUAUGGAAGGCUUUGUAGGAAAGUAUGUAAACUGCCAGCGCAUUUCAUUGUUUGUAGAUGAAUAUCUUUGCAGUGGUGCUGGUCUUGGGAUUCUUACUAGGUGGAUAUGCCUUAAGCACUGAACACCUUUAAUUUUGCAGUUGCAACAUGUGUGCUAAAGUUAGUAAUUAAUAGUUAGUGGAAUUUAACAAAAGAGUUCACUGGCAAUUAGUGCACAAUUUCUUAUGUCCAUCACCGCUGGGAAUUCUGCCCUGAAAAAGUUAUAAUUUUGUCUUCAAUCCUCUGUUUCUAAACGAGUACUGACACGACAUUUUCAACUUUUUCUUUUUUUUUCGUGUUAAGUGAAGGUCUUGGACCUCUAAACUCCAAAAAAGGAAUACUGGCAAGCCUCAGAGCACCCUAAAUAAUUUACUAUAACAGCUUUCCUAUAAACCAGUUUUGGUUUCUCUUCCCAGGAGGUGACUGCAUCGUAACGUCAUGACACAGAAUGUUGUCACAUGGGUUGGUGACAUCGCAAUGUUUUGGCACUGGCUCGCUCGGUAGUUUGUUAUGCUGCUACUCAAUGUGCAACCCAAGGUAGGAGGUGUAUAUGCAUCAUGAUGCAUAAACCCCCUGUGAAAUGAAACCGAAACUGGCUUAUAGAAAGCUAUUAUACCAGGUGUUUCUGCAAAGACUUUAAGCAGUUUAAAAAAAAAAAAAAAAACACCUGUGGCAGAUAGCACAACUCUAGUUCUUGAGCUGGUCUACUCGAAUAGGCAGAUAUUAUUAUUUGCACAAGAAAUGAUAAUGCAUAAUCGAAUACUUAAAAAUUCAUUAAUUAAGUUUUUAGCUAGUUACCGGUACAUAUUGUGGUGCAUAUUGUGGUUUACAAAUUGUAGCCAGGAAGUUCACAAGGCACUUGGAAUGAAUGAUGGCACAGGUUUCGAGACAUUAAUUCCUGAACUUUGCAAAGAAAUACAUCGACGGUCCAGUUACUUUUAUGCUUCAUUGCAUAAAAUAGUAUUUUGUUAAAAAGAUGGGUGGAACAGUGCAAUUUUGCUGCAAGUUUGAUGGCGUAUAUCUUGAAAAUGGUGUCAUCCACAGAAUUCUUUUUAAGUGGAUAUGCCUAGCAGUCUCACUGGCUACAAUUUGUAAAUUGCAAUAUGUGCCGUACAGUAAUUAGUUAAAAGCUUUAUUUAAGAAUUUUGUUAGUCAAUUAUGCAUUUUGAUUUCUCGUGCAAGUAAUGUCCACCUCUUCGAGUAGACCAGCUCAGUGACUAGAACUGUGCUAUCUGCUACAGGCGAUUUUUAAGAAUAGCAUAACGUCUUCCCAGGAACACUUGGCAUAGUUGUAUGUUAUUUAGGGAUCAGGCUUUCCAGUAUUUUUUCUGGGGUUUCAAGGCCCAGGACCUUCACCUCACGGAAAAAAAAAAAAAAAAAAAUUAAGCCUAAAAUGUGACGGCAGCCCUUCUUUCAUAACUGAAAACAUUCAUCGCUGAAAACUCGGUACGUAAGCAUUGCUGUGUUGAUGGGUUAGUGAAAGGUAAAAGGCAGAUCAAAAGUCAAGCAAAAUUUCUAAGAGGCAGGUAGCUUCAGCACUGCCUGAAUGAAAAAUGAUCCUGGAUGGUGAUCUCAAUUCUUUGUGACAUUAAAAGUGAAGGGAUUAUGUUUUUUUUUUUAUAUAUAUAUAGGCACGCAUGCAAAACAUGGACAUGGGACACAAAAAGUACAAUGCACUAAUGUCUCCAUGUUUUGUGUGCCUGCCUUUCUAAACUAUGAAUCCCUACUGACUUGCUCAGCUUUCUGUUGUUCUAAGUGGGGGAGUGACUUUUACGUGGAUUUAACCAAGGGAAUAUUUAUUCAGCAUAAUUGUUUUUCAUUUUCCCUGGUGGCCAUCUGACAUGACAAUUAAAUGUGUGAAAAUAUGGUAUUUGUGUUUGAUGACUGCUACAAAAUCAUAUUUUGCUUUUUAUUGCUAAAUGCAAAUAAAACAGAGGAUACAACACUGUAUAGUGAUUGUUGCACUUAGUGUAUCGAAAACUUCUGUAAAUGUAUAGUGAGUAAUGACAGACUUUUGCAUGAUCCAUUUCUUCAUGCAUGUCUUCUUGCUCUUGGUUUCAUAAGAGCAACGCCUCUAUGUUGAAAACAUUAUUUGGGUUUUGCAGCGACAUAGUGUUAAAAUGCCUUAUUUUGCUGACAGCUGGUUAUGGCUUUAGCUAAGCUAUGGGGCCGUUCAGCUAAGGAGCAUAGGUCAGGCAUAUUUAUAAUGCAGGUAACAUCUUUCUAUUCCGCAUUGUCAUUUGCAUCUCUGUAAAACGAGAGCUCUAGCCUGGCUGACGUGAUGACAUGACAAAUAAUUGCAAUUGUUGGCUGAAUGUCUUUUUAUCAGAAACGUAACUUCAAUCUGUUUAGGUACUUGGUAAACAGCAACUAUUUAGUACUACUCUAAUAAUUUUGCUUUUCUACUUUCGCAUUAACAGUUUCUUCUGCAGUCAUAUAGAAUAGGUUUGACAAAUCUGUUAAGUAAUCACUACCAGUUCACGCAUGGUUUUAUGUUUUCAUAAUUAAUUAGUGUGAGCACACUAAGCAUCUGGUCUCUGAUCACAAAGCUAAUAGUUGACUGCUGUAAAUUAGAACUGGGAGCUGUAGUAGCUCAUGGGAUAUGGUUACAACUGCUAAGCAUUUUUUGCGAGAUUGAACCACAGAAAAACAGACUGCCACUGCGAUGUGCAGGGCUCAUUCAAAGACUUUCCUAUUUGGAAAACUGUGAAAAGUGGACUAUACGGACAUGAAGAGUAGCCGUAGCUGCUUUGCAUAGUUUUCUUUGCCUUUUCUAGCUAGCAGCGUUUAUUGAACUUCUCUUUUUCUAUAGCAUGUACUAUUAGCAUAUUAAGAAGUUUGAACUCUUCCAAAAGGUAUCAAAAGAGAAAUGGUCAAUCGCAUAUGUUUACAAGCUGUUGAAAACAUAAGCUACUAUAGAGGUUUAAGCCCUGCUGCUGCAGCAGCCAAAUCCUUAUUCUCUACAAGAAUUCUCAGAAUUGUCUCUGCAUUUACAGUAGUACAAUUACUUGCAGGCCUUUUUCACUUGAGCAUGUUUACAAAUCAUACAAACCAUGUUUGCCAAAAAUAUUUUGUCUUGUACCUGUAAGCUAUGUAUGACAAAUAUGUUACCAAUGAUGCAUUGAACAGCAGGUGUACCAACACAAAAUGUCAGCUUGGUUGACCAAACUUCCUUUCGUCUAAUGGAUAGGAAAUGUUUACAUCUAGCUUGUACAUUUUGUACAGGGUAUUGGGAGUUUUCACACCCAAGUAAUCAUAGAUAUCCAUGGCAUAUCCAAUUAAGGUCCAAACAUCCAGUGCCAAGACAGGACGCAUGAGGUUAUCCAUCAGCGAACAUUUGCAUUGGACUUCAACUGGAUGUGUGAACGGAAUCGAUAAAUCUCUUUUAAAAUAUUUAGACAGAUUUGUGAAUGUUCCGAGCAGACCUUGAGCAUCAUGACAGCUUCACUCCACCCUUCCUAAGCGUCACACUUAUCCUAAGUAUCUCGUGAGUAGUACAGGAUAUAGGCUCAGGAAAAGUGUGAACCUUGUCAGGAGGAUCUUCUCUUAUGCCCAAAAAAAAGAAAAAGCUCACCAAGGACACAUUGUAUUAAGUACAAAUUGUGGAAACGUCACAGUAAAUCGCCACUAUAUAUACUUCUCUGGGCAUAUAAAGGCAGUUUUAUACCUCAUCUUAAAGCACAUGAGAGUGGGCACUGUGACUAAACCCUUGCAUCAAAAAUAUAAUGGCUCACGACAUCAUUUUCUGAAAAAUAUAAUGUCCCACUUAAUGCAUGAGACAUUUGUCCCCUAGACAUGUAGUGGUAUUCUGUCACAUCACCAAUGCUGUAGAACUGUGGAACUUGUUCUCACUUUCAAAUGCUGCGGGGCGCUCAAGAUGCACUAAGGAGUACUAUCAGAUAACUAGGAGCCUGCUUCUGUGGCACAUUGUGGGAGUGGUAUUGCCAUGCAGCAUAAGAAGAGCCAACAGUAGGAUAACUGAGUAGUAGUUUUCAAUUUUCACAUCUUUUUUUAGUCUAAUAUGCUGACUGGUCUGCACCAUGUGCUUCAUUAUCAUAAUUUUUUAAGAAAUAUUCAAAGUAGUUAGCCAAUUGGGGUUGCCAGCAAAAUGGCCAUUCUAUGUUUUGUUGGCAUCCAGCUGUGAGCAGCAGGCAUUUCUAGCAGCUUGUUGGCUGCAUUGCUGUCACAUCAAUGCGUGAACAUGCACAAAUCCUUGAGCACACUUGCAUACAUACAAUUGUGCUCAACAUCUGUAGGUUAUACAUGGCACUGCAUACAGCACACAGAACAGGACAAGAAAGUGAGAAAGAGACAGUCUGUCUUACUUUCUUGUCCCAUUUUGUGCGCUGUUUUUAACUGUAAAAAACUGAAAACACGAUCGGAUAUGGAUCAAGUAGUCACAGUACCAAAUCGAACAGCAGCACAUUUUCACUUGACACCUUUCCAAUUGACAUUUCAACAUCAUUGUACCAGAAUUUCCUAUGGUCUUGCCAGGCAUUCAUAAAUCUACUAUAUAUCCCAAAGGAAUGUGUAUUGUACGUCCCAUGGUUAUCUGAGGUUACUUGGGAAAGAUCUGCAAACAUUUCUUAAUAUGUCAAUAACCUGCAAAUACUUUUUCUGCAAUGAUGAAGGAUAUGUCACUUUUGUUUUCCAGCAGAAAUGUUCCUGUGUUGCUCUAAUUCCAGAGCAGAUCCUUUUAAUAUACCUGAUUUUUACCUCAACCCCAAUGUACAACUUUACAAUAUGUAUAACUAUUGCCUAUAUUGUUAAUAAAUGGUGCUUACCCUGUUGU